AUGUCUGUCCACGGUCGCGAUCACAGUAAUGGGAGACGCAGCGGCAGCGCAGAUGGUGCAUCUCGAACUUUGGGCGAUGUGAUGCGAGCAGGUCCCACCGGUUCUCCUGGCAUCGUCGUCAUUGACCAAACGUACGAAGAAACGAAGCGAAAAGACGACCUCAGCCCCAGCGAGGACCUGUGGCUAAGUUCGGCUGACGGCCGGUACAACUCAACUAUCAUACCUUUGCGAGUUGGGCGGGCGCCUAACCAAGAGGUUUUCUACGUGCACAGAGACGUCUUGCUCACGACCGACUACUUCCGGAAAGCUCUUUGCGGUGACUUCAGAGAAGCCGAAGCGCAGUCGAUGGAUUUCCCGGAAGAGGAUCCUGCUAUAUUCCACUUCCUUGUUGCUUUUUUAUACCAGAGAAGCUUUGUCCCCAUUAUGCCUGCCGCAUCCGCACUUGAUGUUAAGGAGUCGCACCGGGGGAAGGCGCAAGACUUCGGCUACCAGAGCGAUUCCGAGUCGGAGGUCUCGUCCUCGGAGGCCAGUGAUGCAAGCGCCAGGAGUCGGAUGCCCGCGCUGCACCACAACCACUACUGGACCCCCAUGCUGGAACUGCGGCGUCAGUCGCGCGAGGCCGACGCCGGGCCAUCUCCCGCCGCACAUGAUCACCCCGAUACCCCAAUGCGGCCCGCGGUUAUACCGCCACAUCGCCGGCGCCGUAGCCGGCAGCCGAUUCUCACGCCCCCAGGGUCGACCCCUUCAGUUGGCACGUCGACCUCGGCCAACGACGACUUCAUGGACGGCGACCGCAUACGGGGCGAGGACAUGCGCACGUGGCUCGCCAUCUACGACCUUAGUAUUUCCGUCUAUGCGUGUGCGAACAAAUACCUCAUGGACGACUUCAAGGCUGUGAUCCAGCGUCACUGCGUCGACAUGCUCGAGUCGGCCGGCUCCGACGCGGCGCAGUCGGCGGUUCUGCAGUUGUGCUCGAAGCUGUAUGCAGCGGUGCCCGAGUCCGACCCGUUGUUGAGGAUGAUAUUCGCGCGCAUCGGCUUCUUGCAGCCGAUGCUGUGGCAGCGGGCGCCGCAGCACACAUCCGAGUUCUUGAUCGGACAUCCUGAGGUGGCAGCUCUGAUGCUCCGCGAGACGGCAAUCCGAAGAGAGGAAGACUUGGGCAGCAGAGCGCUGCCGUCAAUGGAGCGGGCGACGCAUCCACAUGCCAUGCCCGUUUGGCCGGUUGGACCCCCUAUGCACCCUCAUAUGCGACCGCCUCCGCCGCCGCCGCCUCCGCCGCAUUGGAAUCCGGCUCCGUUCGGUGCUUGA